UCACACGUGCUAUUCACCUCCUUUCUCCUCCUCCCGCCUCCUCCUGCUCUUAAAACCCUUCGACCAAAAGCAGCAAAUUGUAGUUGUAUCACCACCUCUACCCGGCGGCUUCUCUGCGAACCAUCUCGAGGCACCGAGGCGCAACAGAGACCGUAGGAACAAAAAUGGCGAUCGAAAAUGUGAAUGGCGACGUAUUGAUGCUCGAGGCACCACCAGACGCCGCACGACCUUGGGCAAGCGCUUCCAAUGCCGAGAUUAUUGAUGCCUUGCCUUACAUCGACGACGACUAUGGAAACCCUGCCAUCAAACAAGAAGUCGACCGCUUGGUUGAGGAAGAGAUGCGCCGAAGUUCCAAGAAACCCUCCGAUUUUCUCAAAGAUCUUCCUCCUGUUCCCAAAUUCAACUUUGAGGAUCACCCAAUGCUUGCUAGAGAAUAUGAGCGAGUCAGGGCUGGGAAGCCUCCAAUGCCACUUGAUACAUCUCGCUACAUACCAGAUGCUCCACCGUUGAAUAAACAGAAUGAUGAAACAGCUUGGAAGCAAGCCCUUCAAAAAGCUCAGCGGUUACUACAGCAUCAGGAGAUAAGGCUGGAAAAUCUGGACCUGAUGUCUAAGUAUGGUCCUGAUGUCUGGAAACACUACAACCAACGGCUUGAGGCGUCUUUAACCAGAUUCCAAGCUAUGGCUGCUGAGCACGGUGAGAAGAUUGAAACUGUGAACAGGGAAAGAAAAUAUCAACAGCAAAAUGCUGGCAAUGAGUUAAAUGUUUUAUCUGCACAAUGGAGGGAGCUUUGUUUGAAGAAUAUCGAGAUUCAAGAAGCUUGUGCAAAAAUUGAAAGCCAUCUUGAAGAACUAAGCAUCGGAGCUGCUGAGAGAGGCUGGAACUUGGAUGUUAACAUGGAGAACGGUUCUUUGGGUCAUGCUCAAUAAUGAGGUUUUUGUUGUUGUGGUAUGCGACAGUACAUAACUCUGCUGCAUUUUCAGCAGUAUUGCCCUCUAGAAGAAAUUAAAAUCACAGCGGUCAGUAGGUGAUGCUUGUGGCAGUUUAAGAUUAUGUAUGUGUUCUGUGCGGGUGCAGAUGUGGGCAUUUUCAGCAAUAUUGCCCUGUAACUCUGCCUUGGCUUUUGCUUGUUCUUGUCCUGGUUCAAGAAUUGGAGACAUGUUGCCUUGUAAGCCAAAUUUAUUCUAUACAAAUGUGAUUUUAGGAGUUAUGGUGCUAUUCCCCAGUGUAAUAGUCCAGGAAGGUAAUAUCAUAGUAUCAAUGUUACAAUUUUACAUUUGGCCAUUAAGAUUUACUAAUCCUGUGAUGUAUGAAUGUAUCUCCCCUCCUUUUCUUCAA